AGAAAGGAGGAAGCAAAUUCCGCCGGCAUUCCCACGCCUGCCACAGUUCACUUAGUCCGGCCCUUCCUUUUUCGGGAGGGUUUCUUCACCCCGGAGUCUCCUCUUUAUGAAAUCACUUAAUCUCUGGCUUUGCUGUUCCCACAUCCUCUCCCUGAUUAGUCCUGUACGUUUAAAGAUUGAAAAUUACUACAGAGAAGAGACUAGUAAAACUCAUUCCCGGGGGGCGUCUUGGAGAAGACUAAUUUCCUGCCUUCUUAAAUCGGCUAUCUAAAUCAGUUGUUUUGCUCCCAUCUCCAGAGCUUCAAUUGCUCUUUCGCGUCCCAAUUCCACAAGAGCUCUGGGCGACAAAGAGUUAUGGAGAGGCGCCUGCAGGAGGCUCAACUGUACAAGGAGAAAGGGAACCAACGUUACCGAGAAGGGAAGUACCGAGAUGCUGUAAGUAGGUACCAUCGAGCUCUGCUUCAGCUGCGGGGUCUGGAUCCAAGUCUGCCCUCCCCGAUACCUAAUCUAGGACCUCAGGGCCCGGCCCUCACACCUGAACAAGAGAACAUACUGCACACCACCCAGACAGACUGCUACAACAAUCUAGCUGCCUGUCUCCUUCAGAUGGAGCCAGUAAACUACGAACGAGUGAAAGAAUACAGUCAGAAAGUCCUGGAACGACAGCCUGAUAAUGCCAAGGCCUUGUAUCGGGCUGGAGUGGCCUUUUUUCAUCUGCAGGACUAUGACCAGGCUCAGCACUACCUCCUGGCUGCUGUCAAUAGGCAGCCAAAAGACGCCAAUGUCCGGCGGUACCUCCAGCUAACUCAGUCGGAACUCAGUAGCUACCAUCAGAAGGAGAAGCAGCUGUACCUGGGCAUGUUUGGUUAACAAAGAAGAAAGACGCUCCUCUACUUGAACUUAGGUGAACCAUUAAAGACCCAUCGAGGGGAAACCUGAGCCUCAGCAAGAGAAAUUAACCCCAUACCUCUGACCCACGUGGAUUUCUGUUUUCUUUCUAGCUCUGCACAAACUCUCUGGCACUUAAGCAGGCUGUGUCUUUUUUUUGCCUGUCCAUCUACGUAUUUGUAUAGCUUUCCAUACGUGAUAUUCUUGGAGAUGUUUGCUUUGAGAAAUACAAUCAGCUAUAUGUGAAAUAAUCCUGUCUAUGGCAUAGAUUUUAACGAUAGAUGUUGUUAGAUGUGUCCAUAUACAGAGGAAAAAGCUCAUAAGGAUGAAAUCAUGAUCACAAAGUUUUUUCUUUGGUCCCUCAGCUUCCCAAAGCCAAAGUUACAUAGGCCACAACCCGGGAAAUAUAUUUUUUUGUGAAAAUAGACAAUUACAAGUUGGACCCACAUGACUUAAACGACUUGAAAUUAACCAUUUUGAUUAAAUCAAAUUCCUUAUGUACAUUCAGACCUCCCCCCCACAAAAGUAUCUGGUUCCUAUUUUUUCUGGUGAUAAUUUCUAGUCCCUGGUAUUGUUCAUACUCAGAUCAUUCAUACAAUAUGCUUAUUUAUUUUUUUCAUUAAACUCUUCUAUCUUAAAACCUUGAGUCAAGCAUUUAAGUAUUUAAUAAUUCUUUAGCCUCGUGCCAAAAAACCCCCCAAAACCUAAGUAAACAUUUUCUUUUUUAACAGGUACAUAUCUAUAGUAUGCUCAUUUCUCCAAAAAAAAGGGUGGGGCGGAGUGGACAGGUUGCUGUGUCUUCUUGAAACAAUACCAUGAAAGAGCAGGAUAAAAACAUCAGUCUGUUCUUUCUUUCCCCGUCACCUUGUAUUAUGCAAAAGCUCAGUUCCUUACAGAGGAGGGAAAUGAGGAAGAGUUCUCCUUCCCUAGUGCUUAAGCUCCCCAUGGAACUUUCUGGAAGUUUUGUCAGUGCAGGCUGUGGACCUGGUACAGUCAUGUCUCCGUAGGAGGUUCCAUCAACCAGGAGAUCCUUUGCCAUUUUGUGCGCUUGUUGUGAAUAAUGUUCACAAUGUAUACUGCCUCUACCUUUAUGAGUAGAGGUAGUAAGCAUGUGUCACUAGCCAUUACAUAAGGACAGAUUUCAGAAAGAACAAUAAAAACAAUCCCAAGUCCUCUGUA